AUGAACAAUGGCCAGGCCACCAUCAAGUCUGGUGUUUCGUGCUUAAAGCUGCUUCCAUCCCUCUGCUCCAACGUCAAUACUUCCGGUAAGAUCACUGUCAACACUACUCUAGGUCGCGUCACUGGUGCACGCGACAAGAUGGGCUUCCGCUUUCAAGGUAUCCGCUAUGCUAAGGCUCCUGUUGGUAGCCUUCGUUUUGCUGCCCCAGUUCCUAUUACCACCCACUGGACAAACGCUGUUGACGCCACCGCUCCUGGUAAUAAGUGCCCGCAAAUGGGUGAUCUCCCCGGUGGUGAUGAAGACUGUCUAUUCCUCAAUGUCUUCACCCCAAAGUUGAAUGCCGACAAAAAGAGCCUACUUCCUGUUAUGUUCUAUCUUCACGGUGGUUCCUUUACAACCGGCACUGGUUCCGACCCCGCUUUCAACCCCGCCAAUAUGGCUAGUCGCGGUCAAGUUGUUAUCGUCACCAUUAACUAUCGUCUUGGUCUCCUCGGUUUCCUCGAGCGCGUCGAUGCUGGCAUCAGUCGUUCGACUCUCCCCGGUAACCAGGGUGUUCGUGAUAUGCUCGUUGCUCUCCAAUGGGUCCAGAGCCACAUCAACAGCUUUGGAGGUGAUGCUUCCAAAGUCACCAUUUUUGGCGAGUCUGCUGGCGGUCAUGCUGUCCGCACUCUCUUAUCUAUGCCCGCUGCUACCAAAGAUCUCUUCCAUGCUGCCAUUUCCCAAUCUGACCCUAUCGAUUUGCCCUUCAACAGAGUCAAGACUGCCUCCACUGUUGUCAGUGGCGGCGCCAUGGAGAUCCUCGGAUGCACUGACCUUGCUUGCAUGCGCUCCAAGAGUGUCCAGGAUAUCCUCACUGCCCAGACUACCAUCGUUGGCCAGGCUAUCAACAAGGCUCCCGAGGAGUCUUUCCUUGAAUUGAUCAAGCCCUCCAUUGACGGAAUCCUUAUCUUUGACAACUUUGAUCAAUUAAUCGCUGGAAAGAACGGAGGCGUUAGCAAGGUUCCUCUUAUCAUCGGAACCAUGAAGAAUGAGGCCAAUGGUUUCCUUCCUAGUUUGGGACAAGGAACUCCUAUGCCUCCUGCCGUCUUUGGAUUGACCCUUGGAACCAUUCUGGGUUACCAGCGAUCGAUGAUCACUAUCGCUUAUAAUCUUUAUGCUAUCGAUGGUACCAAUCCCGAUGGUGUCCGUGAAGCUGAAGGUCUCUUUGCCUCCGAUUAUCUCUGGCUCUGCCCCACUCAGUUCCUCGCCAAGGCAUAUGCUUCUGCUGCUGGCGUCCCUGUUUACCAAUACCAAUUCCAGAAGGGCUAUAAUCCUUCAACCCGCCCUGCUGAUGACAUCUGUGCCACCCAUGUCUGCCACGGUGACGAUGUUGCUCUUGUCUUUGCCAGCCCCGCUCUCAUGAAUAACGCCACAGCAUACCCCUGGACUGCCCAGGAUGCUGCUCUCUCUAGGACGGUUAUGGACCGCUGGACUGCCUUUGCUACCUCUGGUAAUCCCAACCCUACCGCUUAUGGUGGUGACAAUCUUCCUAACUGGCCCAAGUACGACAGCAGCACACAAAACAUCUACUUGUUUGACACCACACCCUCUGUCCAGGCUGGCGGUCUUCGUCCUCAAUUUUGUGGAUUCCUCGACCAGGCAAUUCACUACGACUUCCAGCUGUAA